AUGAGAAUUGUUAUUCAAAAAGUCAGUCAAGCAUCAGUAGUAGUUGAAGCUAAAGUAGUAUCAAGUAUUAAAAGAGGGUAUAUGUUAUUAGUUGGUAUUUCUACAAAUGAUACGGAGGAUGAUGUAACAAAAUUAGCCAACAAAGUAUGUACUUUAAGAUUAUUCGAAGAUGAACAAAACAAUCAGUUGUGGAAAAAAAACAUUAAAGAAGUAGACGGAAGCAUAUUAUCUGUAUCCCAAUUCACCUUAUAUGCCAAAACUAAAAAGGGCACUAAGCCUGAUUUUCAUAAGGCUCAAAAGGGUCAUAUUGCUAAAGAUCUGUACUCCUUCUUUCUGAAGUUAUUAAAGGAAAGUCUUGGUGAAGAUAAAGUGCAAGAUGGUGUUUUUGGUGCUAUGAUGAGUUGUUCUUUAACAAACGAGGGCCCAACUACAAUUUUAUUGGAUAGUGAAGAAUGA